GGAAUGGAACCGUUAACAAAGUUUAGGCUAAAAAAACACUUGUGGUCAUUUCCUAGUCCCCACACCCACAUGACUCUUGUUCUCUUUUCUAUUCCACAAAGUACUUAACACUUCAUAAAUACCUCUUCAUACACUUCCACUUCAAAAUCCACACUUUUCUUCUAUGCUCUAAAGUCUAAGUCCCCAAAAAACACUCCCCUCAAAGUUGAAGGUGCAAAUAGCAAAACAAUGGCUAUAAAAAAAUCCAACAAACUACCACAAACUGAAGUGAUCAAGCAAAUUCUAAAGAGAUGUUCAAGUUUCGGUAAAAGGCAGAGUUACUAUGAAGAGGGUCUUCCUGAGGAUGUACCAAAAGGUCAUUUUGCAGUUUAUGUUGGGGAGAAUAGAACUAGAUACAUUAUUCCAAUUUCUUGGUUGGCACACCCUCAAUUUCAAAGUCUUCUACAAAGAGCUGAGGAGGAAUUUGGUUUCAAUCAUGAUAUGGGACUUACUAUCCCUUGUGAUGAGGUUGUAUUUGAGUCCUUAAUUUCAUUGAUGAGAUAAAAAGUAAAUAUUAGUAGAUUUUUAUUAUUGGAGGAUUACCAAACAUAAAAGUCCUUUGUUAAGCUGUGGUUUCUGACCAAUAACAUUUUAUGUUUGGUAUUGUCA